GCAACGGUGAGUAUGUCAGAGUAUGAUGAAGGGUGUUUAAAGAUAAGUUCCUGCCUCUGUGUUUGAAACAACUUGCUUUCGCGUUCCCUCUUUCGCCUCUCCUCCCCACACCAAUCCCAAGAUGGGCCUCUUUAAGAAGGACACCGAGGGUGUCGAUCCUCAACAACCUCAAAACGACAUCGCACACGAGAAAGAUUUGGAAAAGAAUUUCGAAGAUGUACAAUUAGAGCAAAGGCAGGCCUCAGUCGACAAUGGUGGCUCAGCACCGUUUAUCGACCCCGUCAUCGAGAAGCGUGUCAUUCGCAAACUGGACUGGCAUUUGGUACCUCUGCUCAUGGCACUCUACCUGCUCGCUUUCCUCGAUCGCUCGAAUAUCGGCAAUGCGAAAAUUGCUGGUAUGAAAGACGCAUUGAACCUCACCGACGAUCGCUACUCCUGGCUUUUGACCAUCUUCUACAUUUCGUAUAUCCUUUUCCAAUUUCAAGUCCUUGGCUGGAAGAGAUUCCCUCCUCACAUUUGGGCCGCAUGGGCAAUCUUUGGAUGGGGUGUGAUCUCGAGUUGUCAAGCCGUAGUAACUACUUGGGAGGGAGAGAUGGUUCUUAGAUUCUUGCUCGGUGUCUUUGAGGCAGCUUUUGGACCUGGUGUCCCUUACCUGUUGUCAUUCUUCUAUCUGCGUCAUGAAGUCGGUUUCCGCAGCGGUAUUUUCCUUGCUGCUGCACCCCUCGCAACAUGUUUCGCUGGAGCUCUCGCAUACGGUAUCACAUCUGGAAAAGCAUCCAUCCCGAACUGGAAGCUUCUUUUCCUCGUCGAAGGUCUUCCCACUUUGGCAAUGGUUCCAAUCGCAUACUUCUUCCUUCCCGACAGCCCUCAGAAGGCCAAAUUCUUGACCGAGGACGAGAAGCGCGUUGCGAUUGCAAGAGGUGUUCGUCAAACUGGAACAACCGAGCGUGUUGGUCGCAUCAAGUUCAGGGAUGUCGGUCUGACCUUCAUCGAUCCGAAAGCCAUCUGCACGGCAUUGAUGUACUUCUCAUGCAAUGUGUCGUUCUCGUCGCUGCCAGUGUUCCUUCCCACGAUUCUGGAAGAGAUGGGCUUUGAAUCUAUCACUGCUCAAGGUCUUUCCGCACCACCAUACUUUUUGAGUUUCUUAAUCACCAUCGCCUCUGCAUACAUCGCAGACAAGACUCAACAGCGCGGACUGACCAUCAUCAUUCUGUCCAUCGUCGGAGGUGUCGGUUAUGUCAUGCUCGCCACGACAACAGGUACCGGACCUCGUUACGCAGGUGUCUUCCUCGCAGCAUCUGGAGUCUUCCCCUGUAUUGCCAACAUCCUUCCCUGGGUCACCAACAACCAAGGUAACGAUGAUCGCCGUGGUGCCGCAUUUGUCCUCCUCAACUUCAUCGGACAAUGCGGUCCUCUGCUUGGAACACGUAUCUACAACGAUGCACCUUUCUACGUCAAGGGCCAGAGUAUUUGCGCUGCAUUCAUGUUCUUCAACGGUAUCCUGGCUUUGUCGUUGCGUACGCUUCUGGCUUAUGAGAAUCGCAAGCUAGACAAGCAGUACGGCACCAUUGAGGAGCAGAAGAACAGAAUUGCCUCGACCGAGGGAUCCAAGGAAGCAGGCAUUGAAGCCAAUACCGGUGUCGAGAACUUCGGUCCUAUGUAUCGUUACGUCUUAUAGGCGAACGUGGCCUGGUUUAGUUUCUAGCUUCUUAGCAAUAAUGUCAUGACAUGAACAUAUAUGACC